AUGCUGGAUGUGAGCGUGUCCCAGCUGUCUAAUCUGCAUCCUGCGCUGGCUGACGGCGUCACACAGAAACAGAGCGAGGUGAAGGACUGCUGGGCGCUCCUGCAGAAGGUUCUCAGGAGUGACAGGACCUCCCUCUCUCCCACCGCCUCCACUUUCACCAGGGAAGAUGCCGACCCCCUGACCCCAGCCCGAGAAGCCCAGUGCGUCGUGGGAACAGAGACACAAAGGAUCAUGGGAAAGGAGGUGAAGGAGGAGCAGAAUCGUCUGAAAGGCUGCGUGAGCUCUGCUGAAUGUGGGAUCGGUACGAGAUCUCCCAGCAGCCAAAUUUCUGAGCAGCAAUCAGUGAACCACACCUCGUCACCCACGGGAGACGACCCAGCCUCCGCUGAUGAUGUCAUAGUCAGACAUUUAUUGGAGGGGGAAAGCAGGAAGCCGAGAGCAGAGCCGAGUCCUGGCACCGCCCCACAAGGCCACACACAGCUCCACACUCAGCUCCAGAAGUUCACCGUGUCUGCUGACAAGACUCUGUCCUGGCUGAAGGACAACGUGUCCAUGGCCACACAGGUGUGUUCUAUAGCCAGCUUCGAGGGUCUGGAGGCGGCCCGGAGGUGUCAGCACGCUCUGGAACAAGAAAUCCUCAGCAACAGGGCCAGGAUCGAGGUGGUCAAAAGGGAGGGCCGCGAGCUGGUCCGAGCCCAGCACCCGGGCGGCGCCAGGAUCGAGGAGUUCCUGGGCCAGCUGGAGGUCCUGUGGGAGGAGCUGAGGAGGAGGCACCAGAGGAAUGGAGUGUUUCUGAGGGCCUCAGAGGAGCUGGGCUUCAGGGUUGUAAAAGUGCUGCAGGCUCUGGGCAGUCUGGAGGCCUGGCUGGAGUCUGUGGAGCUCUCCCUGAAGGAGUCCGCUCUGGCCGGUGACCCUGAAACGAUGAGCGUGGCGGAGAGGGAGAGCUGUCUGCUGGAGGAGGAGGUGGCAGCACGCAGUCUGGAGCUCGGCACCCUGAGGCAGGAAGUGGACCGUCUCCAAGGGCACAGUCACCCCCACACUCGAGGCCUGCCAGCUCGCAUGGAGGAGGUGGAGAGAAAACUUGUUGUUGCCAUGAACUUUCAGUAUGACCUGAUGAUGCUGGCUGGUUCACUGGACCAGAGCUCAGAGCUGCAGGACACACGGAUGCUGACAGAGUUCCUGGAGCGCGUUGAGCUGGAAGAGAGUCAGGAGCUCAGCGGGAGUCAGUACAGCCUCGGCCAGCCUCUUCACAGCGAGAUCUCCUCAGCGCCGACAUUGCUGGGACUCCAAAGCAGCAGUGGUGGAGAGCCCCUGAUCGAAAGCAUGGGAGACCCUGUGGAGGAACUCAGAGAGGCUGUAGAGAUGCUGAACGACACCGUGAGAGAAAGAGGCCGAUCUCAGAGCCACGAUCAGGCCGUGCAGGAGCUGCUGAGAAAGCAUGCCAGCCUGGUCGUUCGAGUGGAGGAGAGUCUGUCCUGCAGCAAAGAGCUCAGUCUGGACAUCCUGGAGAGGGAGACGGACAUGGCCGUGCAGUGUGACCUCGAGCGCUGCGGCAUCGAGAGUCUGCAGGUCACCUAUGAAGUCAUCAGGGAGGAGGUAAAGGAGGUGCAGGAGCAGGCUUCUCGGCUGGAGGAGCUGUGCCCAGAGAAGGUGCACGUGCUUGGGGCGAAGAUCGGGGCGAUGCUGCAGGGCUGGACGGAGCUGGGGAGGAGUGUGACGGAGAACAAAUCACGGGUGCAGGAGUUUGUGCAGCUCCAGGACUUCUUCAGGAGCUACCUCGCUAUGAUCUCAUGGACAGAAGACACCAGGUCCUACAUUUUCUCUGACGCUGCCUUGCAUAUUGGGAAAGAUGGCCGGAAGCCGCUCGCUGCAGAGCUGGACCUGCAGAUCGAGCAGAAGUUUGAUGAGUUUGACGAGCUGGUGGCCACGGGGAGGAACAUUUUGGACAAAGAACACCAUCUCAGACAGAUGGUCAAAGAGCGCAUGGAGGAGCUGAGGAGCAUGCUUGGCUGGAUCUUGGUGCACUGGAGGGCUCAGAAAAAACAGUGGCUUCACAAAAAGUGCAAACAGGAGCUUCCACAGGAUAACAUUUAUUCAGAGGCCACGAUGUGCUCUCCGAGAACAGAGAGUCCACCUCCUGAGAUAGAGGACUACGUCUCCCAUCAGCCCCCUGCCGUCACCUCUGAUGAAGACAGACAGAAUUCAUCAGGUGACAGUCGGCCUUCUUCCCUGCAGCUCCGACAUCCCGAGCCUUCAGAGGAGAAGCAGUUCGAGGACGGGUAUGAGGUUAUGAAAUGCAUCGGACCACCAGGCGGAGAGACCUCCACUCCCUCCUCAGAGUCUCCCAAACCGUCUAUCGUGGUCCUCAAAGACCCCAGCGCUUCUGCUUUAGGGGGCACGGUGAACCUCAUCCUCAGCUUUGCUAACACAGGGGACAGCCAGGUUCAGGUGCUGGACCCACCUGCUGGGACCUCUGAGGAAGUGGAUGAGUCCUUUGAGCCCAUGCACAGGGUAAGCACCUACCUGCAUGUGAAGGAUAACAACUCGUCUGCAGCACCAGUGUACGAGAGUAUCACCCUGCCCCGCCAAAAGAGCCGCUCUGCAGCCUCAGCCUCCCCUACUUUCUCGCCGCCGUCGUCCUCCUCCUCCUCCUCUUCUCCGUCAUCCACAGCGCAUGCACCUCAGACAGCCAACGUGUCCUUCCACCCUAUGACCGCGGGCGGCAGCAGCUCCAUCUUCAGCAGCCUGAAGAGGAUGGGCAAGAAGAGGAAGAGGAAGCGGGACGCUCGCAGACACACCAUUCAGAAAAUCAUGGGAGUGGAGGAGCGAGCAGAGGGGAGGCUUCAGUAUGACUAUGAGACGUUCACAUACGACACACACACAUGGCCUCUGAAGGAAGCCAGGAGGAAGAAGAGUUCCCCAAAGAGCAGGGAUGCAGUAGAAGCCACGGCCUACAUGAAGAACCCCCUGCUGAAGGACAUAGACACAGAGUGUUCAGGGGAAUACAGCAUCAUUCCGUACGCUGUUUCAGAGGGGACGAACGAUCUGCUCGACUCGAACCCUGUGAGGACUCACUGCAGAUUCCUCUCUCUGGGCUCCGUGCUAAGCUUCGAGCUCCCUAAAGACAUGGCGCUCAUCCCCAGCAUCCAGGACAUCAUCACUAUCGCCCCGCCGGAGUCUAAAACAGGAGCCGGGACUGAUCCAGACCCCCUCUCACAGAGACACUCAGAUCUGAGCUCCUUCAAACAGACUCGAGCUGCUCCUGCUGCCGUCACACACACAUCAGCAGAUCUGUGUGCUUCUGAAGCCCCGUCUUCAACUGCUGUAGUGAAAGGUCUUCUUGAUGUGGACACAAGUCUCCAAACACCACCUCCUCCUGUGACUCGAGAGGAGGGCGAGGACCACACUGUACCCUGUAACGACCUGUUGAAAACUGAGUACAGUCUGCAGGAGGACGCAGAGCAGGAGUUGGACAAAAUGUCCUCAGAGGUUAAAACCAGUCCAGCUGAUAAAGGUGACACCAGCCUGUCCACACAGCUCCCUAUUUAUGUUAACCAACCCCACACUGAACAUAAACAUGGCUGCCUGAGUGUGCACACGCUCAUUAAAGACCUAAGUGGACACAUGUACCAUAAAUGUUCCAGACCUCACAGUUCGCAUGAAGACAGUCCUGGCCUUCAGAGUCAGAGCCAGGCGUCUCACUUGGUCGUCAAUCUGAAGUCCACGGUGAGCGUGAGUGUCCGUCAGGACUCUGUGGACUCUGGGAUCUCCACCUCCAGCAGCAUCAGGCUCUGCACCGAUGCUCCGUGUCAGGAGCAGCCCAGAGGAGUGGUGGGGAGGCUCCUCUCCUUAGAGGUGGAAGGGGUAGACUGCACUAAAAGAAGGGAGGACACUCUGAGUCCUCCAGGUCCAACGACAAACUCAGCCGAGUCAGAAACAGAGCCGGUGCACCUCGACCACCAGCAGUUUGAGGAGGAAGAGGAGGAGCUGGAGGACAUCUGGAACCAGAAAAGUAACUACAGACAGAGUAUCUGCUCAGACAUCAUGUACCAGCCCAACCAGGAUGAGACUGAACCCUCACACCAACCCACGAAGCCCCCCUCACCCUCCCCAUCCCCUCAAACCCCUGCAGUACUCUACAGGAACCUGGCCACAGCCUCAGCACCAAACCUCCUGGUGGCUGAGUUCAGACUGCCCUCCCACAUUCAGAGCCUGCUUGGUUACAACAAGGAAUCUAAAGGUCAGCUCCCCCUGCUGGCCGCUGGAGACAGGAGGUCCUGGGCAGCGUUUCCUAACAGAGAACCAGCCAGCAAGAGCUCAGUGACGGUGAACGAGACGGCGUCCGACCCAGUGAAGCUCCCGGAUGUCAGUGACAAUCAGAGAUAUAUUUAUCAGUACAGAGAGGACGAGGAGGAGGGGGAGGAGGCGAAGGUGGGGGAGGAGGUGGAUGAGCACACGGGCUGUGUGAAGGACCAGUCGAUGAGUCUGCUGUCAGUUCAUAUGAAUGUGGAAGGCGUCUGUCAGCAGAGAAAAGCCUCUCACAGCCUGCAUGUCAAGGAGACGCAGGAAGAACCGAUGUCCACCAGAGGGCGCUGUAUCACCCUGAGUGGAAAGUCUGAGCUGCAGUCGAUGGAGGGUACACUGGAGCGGAAGCACAAGCUGCAGUUUGGAGGAAAGAAAGCGACCUCCAGAGGCUGGAACUCGUACCACGCUGUCCUCUACAGACACACCUUGUGCUUCUACCAGGACAGAAAGGACACACUGAGGAGCUCUGCAUGCAGUCUGCCGCUGAACCUGCUGGGAGCUGAGUGCACGCCCGCACCUGAGUACACCAAAAAAGCCAACUGUCUGCGACUCCAGCUCCGUGACGGGUCUGAGUAUCUGCUCAACGCCUCCUCUCGAUUCCUGAUGAAGAAAUGGAUGAUGAAAAUACAAGCAAACACAGGUCUGAAUGAGACUGUGUCGUCGUUAUCCAGCGCCCCUGCUGCUCCAGACUUCUCCAUGUCCUUAAAGCCCUCCCCCUGCUCCGCCUGUCACCGUCUCGCCAAAUGCUACUGCCCUCCCAGCAUGAUGUCACCUCCACGUUCCCCAUUCGCAAACCACCGGGCACCGCCCAAACCAAAGAGAUCGUUGUCCUCACCCGGGAGUUCAGUCACCGGCAGCAGAGAGGAGUCAGGAGUGUGGGAAGGCGUCCUCUCAGGGAGGCUGCUGUGGUGAGACAUGAGCUGAGUGCACAAAAAGCAUGUUUACCUUCAGAGAGGUUACUGAACGUUAAUGUGCUCAGGAGACGCUACACAAGCUCCGCCCUCUUCUGUUAGCUACUGUAUAUCCCCUCUGAGGCCGUGUGGUUAGAGGACCCUCUCCUCCGUGGUAGUUAUUGAUCCAACAGGAGUUUUAUUCAUUUCAUCUCCACGAUGACUUCAUCAGCCGAGCCAGUUCAGCUCCAGUCCCCCCCCCCCCCGAGGGAGCUGUAGGGUUACAAAUUGAAUUCAGGAUUUUAUUUAGCGUUGUAGUGUUUCAACCUGACCUGUAAGUGCUCCAACCACAGAGGAGAACAUGAGCUGCUGCUGCAGGGGAACUUUGAACCACUAGGGGGAGCUGUGGUGUUGUUGAUCCACAUUAACAGUAUCAGAGGACUGCAAAGCUGAAAUGCAUUAACAAAUCAUUUCGAAUCUAAAGACAUUUAGAGUCUGCUCUUUUAAUGUGUAUUUAACAUUUUUCAAUGAUUAUUGUAUUAAAAAUAAAUAAUACAUCUUUAAUUAAUUCAAUGAAGGACACAAUAAAUAAGAGGUAAGGAGAGUUUUGAAAUGGUAACUCGUUAAAGGAACAAUCAGUGAGAUGUGUAGAGACUGAAAUGAUCAAGUGACCUUACUAUAUGAUCAGACAUUAAGGA